UGGAAAAAGAAAAAAAAACUUUUUGUAUCGAAGGAAUCAACAGCCGCCAUCUUGUCUCGGCUCGGAAUCAGGAUUUCGAUAGAGCACUAUUUUUUGUUUUUGGACGCGGGGCAUCCAAAUCGAGCUCUGACGACACCAUUCAGCGGAAAAUGACACCUUUAUAUCGCCGCGAAGGAAUUUUGGGCGAAAAAUCCUGGAUUUGAUCGGCGUUCGUCGGCCACGAAACCCUCGUAUAUCUGAUUUCCCCUUCAAGAGCGGCGCUUGCGUCCGUGUUUCGCUCCGAGCGCUUAUUGUUUACCGGACGCUUUUGGAGGACAGACAGCACCGAGACGACUGUUUUGCAAAGAUAUAAAUUUUUUAUGCAACCGUGCAUUUUUACACGCAGCCACACGAUUUUUGCACGGAAAAGAUUGACGUCAUGGAUCGCGUGCCGUUGCAACAUUAACGGCUCUCGCACGCGAGGACCCCUUCGGAUACUUUAUUCGGGAUUUAACGUUGAAUUCGCGGAAAGGAGGCAUUUUCUCUCGGCAAUACAACGAUGGUAAUGUGGGUGUUGGGUGUUGGAUUAUCAUGGGGUGAGUGGUGGUGGCGACGCGGGGCGCUGUUGCUGCUUUUUUGAGAAAAUCCUCCGCCGAGCCGCUCCACACUCCCCACGUCUUUCAAAAGUAAGGUAACAUCUGUUUUUUUCGGACGAAAGGAUCCUUCACUUUGAGUCCCCUCCCCACUCCCCCACAACAUUAGUCCGAAGCUGAGUCGCCAUGGCCGAGAAUGUGCUGGAAGGAGGCCCUCCGAGCGCGAAGCGAGCGAAGCUGACUGCACCUGCUCCAGACGCUCCAGAGUUGGGUUCACUUUCCUGGGAUGACCUGGAGAACGAUCUUCCAGAUGAGCUGAUACCUAAUGGAGACCUGGGGCUGAUGUCCAUGUCCUCUAAUGGUGGGGCUACAGGUACAGGUCAUAGCCCCAUGGUCCCCGACGCUGCUGCCAAGCACAAGCAGCUCUCCGAGCUCCUGCGUCCUGGAAGUAGUGCUGGGAUGAACUCGGCCAGUCCCCAACCCGGCGGCAUCGGACCUCAGCUGGCCGGGCUUGGAAAGAGUCCCCUGGGCCAGGGUUCCCCUUCACACCCCUCUCAAACACAGAAACCAGGCGGCACUCUUGGGACGCAGGGCAAUAACGCUGGCUCAGCUGGCAUGGGACUCGGCACGGGAUUUAACCAGGCCAUGCUGAACAGUGGCAUGAUGGGACAGAAUGUGGGCGGACAGCAGGGUCAGGUGAUCAAUGGGACUCUGGGCUCUGUAGGCCGCGGUCGAGGAGCACCAGGGAUGCAGUACCAGGGUGUCGGCAUGCAGGUGGCACCUUCUGUAGGGGCGGGAGGAGCAGGGGGGGCGGCGGUACCUGGAGGAGCAGGGAGUGUCCUGGCAGACACGCUCACUCAGGGGGCGCAGCAGAUGGGCAUCAACACCCAGCAAGCCGGCAAUAUCAACAAGAUGGGCAUGGCAGGUGGCAACAGUCCGUUCGGUCAGUACCAGAGCGGAGGGCAACAAAUGGGCACGACUGGCGUGAACGCUCAGAAUAAAGGCGCCCUCCCCAACAGCCUGCCCCAGUUUCCAGCUGACCUGAAGGCAGCGGCGGUCACCAGCGUGCCGAACAUGCCCCAGCAGCAGCAGGUGUCGGUGGGGAUGGUGGCAGGUCAGGGCGUGUCCGCGGGACCCACGGCCGACCCGGAGAAGCGCAAGCUGAUCCAGCAGCAGCUGGUCCUGCUGCUCCACGCACACAAGUGCCAGCGGCGCGAGCAGGCCAACGGCGAGGUGCGGCCCUGUGCGCUGCCCCACUGCAGGACCAUGAAGAACGUCCUCAACCACAUGACCCACUGCCAGGCCGGCAAAUCCUGCCAAGUGGCUCACUGUGCUUCAUCGAGGCAGAUCAUCUCGCACUGGAAGAACUGCACGAGGCACGACUGUCCCGUCUGCCUCCCACUGAAGAACGCCAGUGACAAACGCAACCAGCAACCGAUGCUGAGUCCCCCAAACACUGGUCUGCAGAGCCCUAUCGGGACGGUCGGCACGGGCCAGCAGACGGCCCCCGCUCUACCCAGCUCCACCCCCAUCGACCCCAGCUCCAUGCAGCGGGCGUACGCUGCCCUCGGCCUCCCCUACAGCAGCCAGACCCCCACACCGACCCAGUCCCCCGCACAGACCACUGCACAGACCCAGCACCAGCAGCCAAUGAGAACCAUCAACACGCUCGGGGGUGGUCAGUUGAACCCAAUCGGCGUACCGACAUCAGACCAGGCUAAGCUGCUCUCAGAUGGCACCAUGUCGUCAAACCUAAACCCUAACAAUCAGCUGAUGCCGGACGGCCCUCUGUUAGGCAGCAUGGGUAGUAACCUGCCCACAGCCGCCCCUCUGUCAGCCACCGGUGUGAGGAAAGCCUGGCACGAGCACGUCACGCAGGACCUCCGCAACCACCUCGUACACAAACUGGUGCAGGCCAUUUUCCCUACGCCUGACCCCGCCGCCCUGAAGGACCGUCGCAUGGAGAAUCUGGUGGCAUAUGCACGAAAAGUGGAAGGGGAUAUGUACGAGUCGGCUAAUAGCAGGGACGAGUACUAUCACUUUCUGGCAGAGAAGAUCUAUAAGAUCCAGAAAGAGCUGGAGGAGAAGAGAAGGUCCCGGUUACAGAAGCAGAUUAUUAACCAGACGCCCAUGACUGCAGCAGGACAGCAGACACCGGCCCUCAACCAGCCUAAUGUCAUCGGACCUCGGCCACAGAACGGACCUGUGCCGAUGCCCAGUGUGCCAAAUCAGAUCAUCAAUCGCAUGCAGGUGUCUCAAGGGUUGAAUCCAUUCGGCACGAUGCCCAAUGUCCCGAUGUCUCAGGCUCCCAUGACAACACGUGCCGCCUCUCCGAUAAACCAUCAGCAGAUCAACAUGAACCAAGUCCCGACGAUGAAUAUGUCUCCAACGCGAAUGCCCCCCACGCAAAGCAUGCUGGGAGCUCACGGCGGGAACAUGGUGGCACAGACGGCCAACCAGACGCAGUUCAUGGCUCAAGCGCAGUUCCCCGCCAACACCAAUGCAAUGAACGUCAACAUGGGCCAGCCCAACACCCAGGCGGCCGUUUCACAGAGCGGUGACAAUCGUGUGCCCACCCCAGCCUCAGCAGCCAGCGCCGAGCUGCACUCCCAGCAUGCCGUGCCUGACGCACCGCCCAGUGACACUAAAACAGAAGAGCAAGAAUACGACGUCGGCAUCAAAACAGAGCCCAAGAUGGAGACGGAGGACAGCACAGGCUCCCUAUUGGUCAAAAAGGAGGAGCAGGAGGGGUUUGAGGCUAAGCAGGAGCCAAUGGAGACCAAGGACAAGAAGACAGCCCUGAAGACGGAGACCAAAGAGGAAGAUGAAGGCCGGACGAACGGCACAACAUCCUCUUCACCGCCCCAGUCUCGCAGGAAAAUCUUUAAGCCUGAAGAGUUGCGGCAGGCAUUGAUGCCCACCCUGGAGUCUCUGUACAGACAGGAUCCGGAGUCUCUUCCCUUCCGGCAGCCGGUGGACCCCAUGCUUCUUGGCAUCCCUGACUACUUCGACAUCGUGAAGAACCCCAUAGACCUGUCCACUAUCAAGCGCAAGCUGGACACGGGUCAGUAUCAGGAGCCGUGGCAGUACGUGGAUGACAUGUGGUUGAUGUUCAACAACGCCUGGUUGUACAACAGGAAGACGUCGCGCGUGUACAAGUACUGCUCCAAACUGGCCGAGGUGUUCGAGCAGGAGAUCGACCCCGUCAUGCAGAGCCUCGGCUACUGCUGCGGGAGGAAGUACGAGUUUUCUCCUCAGACGCUGUGCUGUUACGGCAAGCAGCUGUGUACAAUACCCCGAGACGGCACUUAUUACAGUUAUCAGAACAGGUAUCAUUUCUGCGAGAAGUGCUUCAAUGAGAUUCAAGGAGACAGUGUGACGCUAGGAGAUGAUCCAGCUCAGCCCCAGACCAUGAUCUCUAAAGACCAGUUUGAAAGGAAGAAGAAUGACACGUUAGAUCCUGAGCCGUUUGUUGAAUGUAAAGACUGUGGGAGGAAGAUGCAUCAGAUCUGUGUCCUGCAUUAUGAGGUCAUCUGGCCUUCUGGUUUCAUCUGCGAUAACUGUUUGAAAAAGAGUGGGAAGACGAAAAAAGAGAACAAGUUUUCGGCGAAAAGGUUGCAGGGGACGCGGUUAGGCGCGUACAUAGAAGAGCGGGUGAACAAGUACUUGAAGAGACAGAACCAUCCGGAAGCUGGAGAGGUGUUCGUGCGAGUCGUAGCCAGUUCAGACAAAACGGUGGAGGUCAAACCUGGCAUGAAGGCCAGGUUUGUAGACACAGGAGAGAUGCCCGAGAGCUUCCCCUACAGAACCAAAGCACUUUUUGCCUUUGAGGAGAUUGACGGAGUGGACGUGUGCUUUUUCGGCAUGCACGUGCAAGAGUACGGCUCUGAAAGCCCUUUCCCUAACACCAGACGGGUAUACAUAUCGUACCUCGAUAGUAUUCACUUCUUCAGACCUCGCAUGCUGAGAACAGCAGUCUAUCACGAAAUCCUCAUCGGCUAUUUGGAAUAUGUCAAGAAGCUCGGAUAUGUUACGGCACACAUCUGGGCGUGUCCACCUAGUGAAGGGGAUGACUAUAUCUUCCACUGUCACCCUGCCGACCAGAAAAUCCCAAAACCCAAGCGCCUGCAGGACUGGUACCGCAAAAUGCUGGACAAGGCAUUUGCUGAGCGGAUACUGCAUGACUACAAGGACAUCUUUAAGCAAGCAACUGAGGACCGCUUGACGAGUGCAAACGAGCUUCCAUAUUUUGAGGGUGAUUUUUGGCCCAAUGUGUUGGAGGAGAGCAUCAAGGAGUUGGAACAGGAGGAAGAGGAGAGGAAAAAAGAAGAAAACACGGCAGCUUGUGAAACGCCAGAGGGCACGCCAGGGGAUAGUAAGAAUGCAAAGAAGAAGAACAACAAGAAAACAAAUAAGAAUAAAAGCAGCGUGAGCCGAGCUAAUAAAAAGAAACCCGGGAUGCCGAAUGUGGCCAGUGAUCUUUCUCAGAAACUCUAUGCCACAAUGGAGAAACACAAAGAGGUGUUUUUUAUAAUCCAUCUGCACUCUGGGCCCAUGGUCAACUCAUUACUACCCAUUGUUGACCCCGAUCCCCUUUUGACCUGCGACCUGAUGGACGGAAGGGAUGCCUUCUUGACGUUAGCACGGGAUAAGCACUGGGAGUUCAGCUCUUUGCGGCGCUGCAAAUGGAGCACCAUGUGCAUGCUGGUGGAAUUGCACAACCAGGGCCAGGACCGCUUUGUCUACACUUGCAACGAAUGUAAACACCAUGUCGAGACACGCUGGCACUGUACUGUCUGCGAGGACUUUGACUUGUGCAUUAGUUGCUACAACACUAAGGGCCAUGAGCACCAGAUGGUUAAGUGGGGUCUGGGUCUGGACGAUGACAGCAGUCAAAGCGGCGAGGCCUCCAAGAGUCCACAGGAGAGUCGGCGUCUAAGCAUCCAGCGUUGCAUCCAGUCUCUGGUGCAUGCCUGCCAGUGCCGCAAUGCCAACUGCUCUCUGCCGUCUUGCCAGAAGAUGAAGCGUGUGGUGCAGCACACCAAGGGCUGCAAACGCAAGACAAACGGUGGCUGUCCAGUGUGCAAGCAGCUCAUUGCGCUCUGCUGCUAUCAUGCCAAGCACUGUCAGGAAAACAAGUGCCCCGUCCCCUUCUGCCUCAACAUCAAGCAUAAACUGCGUCAGCAGCAGCUGCAGCACAGGGUCCAGCAGGCACAGAUGAUGCGCAGACGCAUGGCUACCAUGCAGGGGCGAACCAUGCCUCAGAGCCUACCCUCGCCGCCUGCUUCAACAGCCCCCAGCACCCCCACCUCACAUCAGCAACCCAAAACCCCUCAAACGCCACAGCCGCUAUCCAGCCAGCCAACGACCCCCAAUGCGGGUGUCAUGUCCCCGGCUUAUCCCAAUACUCCCCGCAACGGACAACCCCCUCCUCAAGCUUCACAGGGCAAGUCAGGCCCACAGGCUUCCCCGCUACACCAGCAGCAGUCUCCGCUCCCGCAACCCCCCCAGCAGCAGCAGCAGCAGCCACCGGUACAACAGCCUCCUCAGCAACAGCCUCCACCUAUGGCAGUCAAAAUGGCACGGCACAUAGAGAUGGUCGCGCAGGCUCAGCACCAACAGAACUAUCGCAUGACCAUGAAUGGCCUUCCCAUGAACCACCAGCAGCCACGCAUGCCAGGCCCGAUGCAACCGCCCAUGCAGCAUGUUGGGCCACGCGGGCAACAGGUCAUGCCGCAAAUCCCGCAAGGACAGUGGACUGGAGGCCCUCAGCCAGGCAUGCAAGCAGCUCAGCAGCAGGUGGCUCCGCCACAGACCACACCGCAGACCAUGCCUAUGCAGAGGCCCACGAUGCCCCCGCAAGCUGCACAGCCACGCAUGAUGGUGCCCACGCAGGGCCCGCGACCGCAAGCACCCCAGAGACCCGGAGCCAUCGCCCCCACUGCCUUGCAAGACCUGCUACUCACCCUAAAGUCACCCAGCUCACCCCAACAACAGCAGCAGGUGUUGAACAUCCUCAAAUCGAACCCGCAACUAAUGGCCGCCUUCAUCAAACAGAGGACUGCCAAGUACCACGCCAACCAGCCGCAGCAGCAACAAGCGCAACAAGGCAUGCAUGCAGCGCAGAACAUGGCAGCAAUGCAGGCAGUGCCGCGACCCGGCAUGCCCCCGCAGCAGCAAGCGCAGCAGCCCGCUCCACAGGGCAUGGCAGCACUUGGAGUGCAGGGGCAGCUCAUGAACCCUGCGCACGCCAACAACCCGCAGCUGCAGGAGUUGUACCGCCGCCAGCUUUUGCGACAGCAGCAGCAGCAGCAGCAGCAGCAGGGAGUGAUGCCGCAGGCACAUGGCCAGUUCCCACAGGCACAAGGCACUGCUACCAACUACGCGCAGCUUCGCAUGCAGCAGCAGCAACAACAGUUGGCCAUGCAGGCACCCGGCGGACCCAUGGGACAGCUGCCUCCUAUGACCCAGAUGGGGCAGGGCGGGAUGGGAAUGGACGGUACAUCCAACCUUCUACACCAACGCAUGCUCCAGCAGCAGCAGCAGCAGGUCGUCCUCAAGCCUCCAAUGGGCUCGCCGGCGCAACCGAGUCCCAUGAGCCCACAAACUCACCUGCUUUCUGGCCAGCCAACAGGCGUGCACCUCCCCGGCCAACCCAUGGCUAAUGCACUCAGUAAUCAGGUGUGCUCGCCGGCCCCCGUACAGUCGCCCAGACCUCCGUCGCGGCAGCCACCUCCACAUUCCAGUCCUUCCCCGCAGGUUCAGCCACAGCCUUCGCCGCAGCACACAGGAUCCCCACACCCUGGUCUGACGACGCCCUUGCCCGGCUCCUUGGAGCAGGCGCACCUGGGCACACCUGAGCAGAGUGCCAUGCUCCCGCAACUCAAUACGCUCAACCGUGGAGGGCUGCCCAGUGACUUAGGCAUGGUGGGAGACACAACGGGAGACACGCUGGAGAAAUUUGUGGAGGGAUUGUAGCGUUUACCGGGAGACUCCACCCACCACAGUCUCCCCGUUCCUCUAUUUUUGUGGCUCUGUUGGGUUUUCUCUAAUAUCCUCCAAUUUUUUUGUACUGACAUUGUAAAAAGUUUGAAGAAAUGAAUGUUGUGGGGGGAAAAAAUAAAUUUAUGUCGACAAGGAAUAGGGAAUGUUGAUGUUUCCUAAAAAAAAAAUAUAAAAAAAAUACUGAUUGCUUCCUUUUAAGAGGGAUUUGAAAAUUGUUGUUUAAAAGAAAUAUAAAUCACAAAGAAUAUAUUUUUGUUCAGUUAAGACCUUUGUGUGGUCAGUGUUUUGUUUUGGUUUUGGGGGAGGGCGGUCUGGUUUCAUGCCUUUUCUUUCUUUUUAAGAAAAUUACGAAACUUCAUUAUAUUAUUCAUACCUUUUGUUUUAUACCCUAACUUUGCAGCAUUUUGGUUUUUAAGACUGUAAAAUAAUUUGUCUGGGAGUUUGGGUCAGGGUUUCUCUGCUCUGUCUUUCAUCCUUCUUUGCGAUUGUACUCUAGUGUUGUACUAUUUUUUCAGACAUGCAUUCGGAGGCGUUUCCUCCUUUUCUCAUUGUGAAGUUUGUAUGAGGACAACUGUCUAUUUGUAUUGAUAGGAACUGUGCAUACACAUGUAUGCAGACUCACACAGACACACAUGCAUCACUCAGACAAUACAGCACCAACCCCAAGAGGAAAUGUACACAUUUACAACAUCUCACUGGCCUGGACCCAGAGGUUCUGUCUUGCAGAUGUAGAAUAUUGUUGCUUUUUGUCCUAAUUUUGUCAUACAGAUAUAUAAAUGUAAAGAGAGCUAGAGGGAGAGAGGGGGCCCCUGAGCUGAGUGCGAGGGGAUGGGCGAUCGCUGGUUGACUGCUUGUUGGAAACACAGAAUGGAUUCUGCUCUUGACCCUCGUUCCUCUCACACAAACUUGAACAGGGGCUCUACUUUACCCCUUUAUGUAAAUCAUGCAAGCUAUUAAGCAAAGUACUAUAAAUAUAAGGAAGAAAGAAAGGAAUCACUGUAUAAACUGGUUGAAAAAAAAACGUAUUUCUUACUUAUAUACCAUAUUGUUAAAUAAACUGUGUGCAACAGAUCAAAA